AUCCCUGCAUUUGCGAGUGCAAGGGGGACGGACAGUCGGCGCUCCGUCGUGAAAGAUGGCUUUGUUCGUGAGGAGCAUCUGCAAGACUCUCUCCCAGGCUACUCAAAAGAGUACAGUUAGAGCUUUACAUGUAGGGACAGUACGGCAACAGGAAUCAACAGUUGAACAAGAAGGAAAGUUAAAAUGUACCUUGAUACCGGGAGACGGCGUUGGACCAGAACUCGUGGUUGCAGUCCAAAAUGUCUUCAAAGCUGCGGAUGUCCCGGUUGAAUUUGAGCCUUACUUCUUGUCUGAAGUAAAUCCAACUUUGAGCGCCCCUCUGGAUCAAGUCUCUAACAGCAUCGCUAGAAACCGAGUUUGUUUAAAGGGUAUCCUAGCAACUCCGGAUCACUCUAUGACAGGAGAAUUGCAGACAUUGAACAUGAAAUUACGUAAGAGCUUGGAUUUAUAUUCGAACGUGGUGCAUGUAAAAUCUCUGCCAGGUGUCAAAUCGCGUCACCAAAACGUCGACUGCGUUAUCAUAAGAGAACAAACAGAGGGGGAGUAUUCUGCGUUGGAACACGAAUCCGUCAAAGGGGUGGUCGAGUGCCUAAAGAUCGUGACUGCUGCAAAAAGCCAAAGAAUCGCAAAGUUCGCCUUUGAUUAUGCCGUAAAGAAUAAUCGUAAGAAAGUCACAUGCGUUCACAAAGCUAAUAUAAUGAAGCUCGGCGAUGGACUCUUCCUCAAAUCGUGUCAAGAAAUUGCAAAAAUGUAUCCUAGGAUUACGUUCGAGACGAUGAUCGUCGAUAAUUGUACUAUGCAAAUGGUCUCUAAUCCACAUCAGUUCGACGUCAUGGUAAUGCCGAAUUUAUACGGAAAUAUCGUAGAUAAUCUCGCAUCUGGUUUGGUCGGCGGUGCUGGAGUUGUCGCAGGUGCCAGUUACAGCGCUGAAUGCGUCGUCUUCGAACCGGGUGCGAGGCACACGUAUUCCGAGGCGGUCGGUAAAAACGUCGCGAAUCCAACGGCGAUGUUGUUAUGUGCGGUGAAGCUUCUGAAUCAUGCAAAUCUCAAGCGUUAUGGCGAGCAGAUCCGGGAGGCGUUGAAUCGUGUGCUAAAUGACGGAAAGGUGCUCACGAAGGAUCUAGGUGGGCAAAGCUCGACGACGGAUUUCACCGCUGCUGUAAUAAAUAGUCUGCGCUAACGAUAAGACAACAUAGGAGAACAUAGGAGAUAUAGAUCCAGCGUCGCAAACUCAUUUUUCUUGAGAUUUCUGGAAAUCUGGAAUGAUUGUACGAAUCGUAGUGCCGCAUCCGUUAUAAAGUAUCUGUAACUCACAUAAGUCAUAAGAUUUGUAAAGGUAAAAAUAAUCCUAGAAAGAUCCGUAACUAUGCAAAUUUCUAUUUGCAACAGUAGAACCCUCUGUUCUGCGAACAGAAAGAAGUCCAAAGUUCUCUGCAGCUGCAGAAAUUCAACUGCGAUAUGCGUAAUUAGUUAUAUAAUAAAUAAAAAAUUGUAUAAUAUCUAUAUAUAAAUAAAUUACGCUUAUCUUACAUCCUAGGAA